AUGGUUAAACGGUCUUCCAACAUGGUUAAACGGUCUUCCAACAUGGUUAAACGGUCUUCCAACAUGGUUAAACGGUCUUCCAACAGUGUUAAAGGGUCUUCCAACAUGGCGAGAGGGGAGGUAUUUAAGGGGUCUUCCAACACGGUUAAAGGUUCUUCCAACACGGUUAAAGAGUUUUCCAACACGGUUAAAGGGUCUUCCAACACGGUUAAAGGGUCUUCCAACACGGUUAAAGGCGUGGACCCUCACUCCCUCUUCUCCCUCCAGUUCACCGCCCCCGCCUCCGUCAUCAUCGACCCCAUCAUCACUGUCGUCAUCUCCGGUUCUGUGUACGUGACCAUCGCCCUGACCAUCGACCGCUGUAUCGGGGUCGUCAUGCCGCUCAAGUGGAUGUCCAUCUGCACCAGGUUCCGGAUCAAAGUGGUCCUGGUAGUGGUCAGUCUGUGGUCAGUUCUCAUCAACUCACCUCUCUUCGCCGAGCUCGAGCUGAAAAAUGUGCACCUGAAGAGUCUGAACGAAACGUACCUGGUGCCCAGAGAAACAGAAUACAGCCAGACGACGUUCCACAACGAUGUCUACCUCCGCUACAUCGUGCCGGCUGUUACCAUGGUGAUACCCGUGACGCUGAUUCUCGCUUGCAACGCCAUUAUCGUACUGAAGAUAAAGUUUGCCAGAAAAGACCUCGCCAGCUCACAGCCAGCUGAUGCACGCGCGAAAGAAGUGAACAGGCUCACUGCUCAAGUUUUGUUCAUCUCUCUUCUCACACUGGUUUCCAGAAUCUUUCACGCAGCCUCCUACAUCAUGAUGGCCCGCGAGAACACGACUUUCGUGACGUUGUGCUCACUAUCCUGCGCAUGCGUCGCAGCGGUUUCAUCGUUCUUUAUAAAGGUGAACGCAGCAGCCAAUUUUAUCUGCUACUGCUACUUCGGGAAAAAAUUCCGCGCAGUUUUCGUAGCAACAUUUCCAUGUCUUCGAUGUCGGAAGCGAAGAACGGUGUUGAGCAAAGCAUCCGUACAAGGUCCCGGUCAUGGUCAAAAGUAUAUCCACGCUAUUUCCCAUUCACAUUAUAAGGGUGAAGGCCCAAGUUUGGCUCGUGCUUCGUCUAUGGGUCAGGGUAUCUCUCUCAGCUCCAGCGACUUUUCUUCUCAGAAAACAAUGUCCACGGAAUUUAUAGACAGCUAGAACAACAAUAGUUGACCUAAAGAACAAAAUAUUGAACUUGUUCCCAGCCUCGGAACCAGAAACCGCCAGCGCUUCUGAUGUAUCGGUUACUAGGCUCUUUGCCGCCGCACCCAGACGACGUGAGUUCGAAUCCCAAGUGAGGAGUCUUUUCUUUAACAAAAAUUGAAAUAAUAUAGUUACUCCCAUAAUUUGUCUGCUUGGAUGUUGUAUCCCUCUGAGCCCUGAAUGCCGAGGUCGAAGCAGGAGGCCAUUUUCCUGACUGAUCCAAACUGUGUCCAUGGGGCCUUAAGCCAUCUAUUGUUACUGUUGCGAUAGCCAGAAAUUCGGAGUUCAUAAAUAUUCUCAUAGAUACAGAGAGCUCAAAGAGGCUGCGCCUACGCAAUUGACAAUAUGGGUUUGGUUUCAACCACUUGACUUUAUGUUACGGAGUAUCCCCCACCCCCACCUCCACCCUCACCCGACAAUAUAUCCGACAAAAUCCUGUCUGGCCCUGACAGGCAGGUUCGGAGCAGCCUGCCUCCAAAAUAAAGUAGGCUAAAUGGUGUCGAUGCAGGCCUAAAACUUUUUAUUAAGUCAACUGCCAAAACUAAAGCAAUACAACAACUCCCUGGACAGGGCACAACUCGCUUUCAAAGUGGACAAGACUUUGGUUCUGUCGUCAGGUUCCAGGGGAACUGCCACACGGGUCGCCCUGGUUCGAAUCUGUGCCUCAAAGAGGGUGCAUUCUGGGACAUUGGUUGUUUGUUUGAGAACGUAUCACGCAGGGCUCUGCAACUAACUGCUCAGAUGGAUUCAGUUGUUGCAGGCAGACGUCUGCUUUGCAGUUGUCAACUUUUAGUCGUCAAAUUUGCAGACGUCAAAUCUACAGACAUCAACGUUGGAGACGUCAAAUCUACAGACAUCAACGUUGGAGACGUCAAAUCUAAGAACAUCAACUUUGCAGACGUCAAAUCUAAGAACAUCAACUUUGCAGAAGUCAAAUCUAAGAACCUCAACGUUGGAGACGUCAAAUCUACAACAUCAACUUUGCAUUUGUCAACUUUGCGGACGUCAACUAAAAAAAAUAUUUUUUAAA